AGCCCGGGCGCGGGUGGGGGGGCGCCGAGUGGGGGUGGCGGCCAGCAUGCUGCUCGGCUGCGGCUCGGCCUCCCACACCCGCGGCGCCCGCGUCCUCGCCAGCAGCGCCGCCGGCCGAUCGGGGAAGCGACACCCGCGUCUGCAGCGGCGCCGGGUCCGAGCGCGCGGCGCGGGGCGGUGGCGGUGGCGGCAGCGGGGGUCCGGGCCCGGGCGGGGACCGGGGGACCCGGCAUGGCGCUGCGGAGAGGCGGCGGGGCGCUGGGGUUGCUGCUGCUGAGCGCCGCGUGCCUCAUCCCGCCGAGCGCGCAGGUGAGGCGGUUGGCGCGCUGCCCCGCCACUUGCAGCUGUACCAAGGAGUCCAUCAUCUGCGUGGGCUCCUCCUGGGUGCCCAGAAUCGUGCCUGGCGACAUCAGCUCCCUGAGCCUAGUCAAUGGAACAUUUUUGGAAAUCAAGGACCGAAUGUUUUCCCAUCUGCCUUCCCUGCAGCUGCUAUUGCUGAAUUCUAACUCAUUCACGGUGAUCCGGGAUGAUGCCUUUGCUGGCCUUUUUCAUCUCGAAUACCUGUUCAUCGAAGGGAACAAAAUAGAAACCAUUUCAAGAAACGCCUUUCGGGGUCUCCGUGACCUGACUCACCUUUCUUUGGCCAACAACCACAUUAAAGCACUUCCAAGGGACGUCUUUAGUGAUCUAGAUUCUCUUAUUGAACUAGAUUUAAGGGGUAAUAAAUUUGAAUGUGACUGCAAAGCCAAAUGGUUGUAUCUAUGGCUGAAGAUGACCAAUUCCACUGUGUCUGAUGUGCUGUGUAUUGGUCCACCAGAAUACCAGGAGAAGAAGCUCAACGAUGUGACCAGCUUUGACUACGAGUGUACCACCACAGAUUUCGUCGUUCACCAGACUCUGCCGUACCAGUCAGUGUCGGUCGACACGUUCAACUCCAAGAACGACGUGUACGUGGCCAUCGCUCAGCCCAGCAUGGAGAACUGCAUGGUGUUGGAGUGGGACCACAUAGAAAUGAAUUUCCGGAGUUAUGACAACAUCACAGGCCAGUCCAUCGUAGGCUGCAAGGCCAUCCUCAUCGAUGACCAGGUCUUUGUGGUGGUGGCCCAGCUCUUCGGUGGCUCUCACAUUUACAAAUACGACGAGAGCUGGACCAAGUUUGUCAAAUUCCAAGACAUAGAAGUGUCUCGCAUUUCUAAGCCCAAUGACAUCGAGCUGUUUGAGAUUGAUGACGAGACGUUCUUCAUCAUCGCCGACAGCUCGAAAGCAGGCCUGUCCACCGUUUACAAGUGGAACAGCAAAGGGUUCUACUCAUACCAGUCUCUACAUGAGUGGUUCCGGGACACAGAUGCCGAGUUUGUUGACAUCGAUGGGAAGUCACACCUCAUCCUGUCUAGCCGCUCCCAGGUCCCCAUUAUCCUGCAGUGGAACAAAAGCUCGAAGAAGUUUGUCCCCCACGGUGACAUCCCCAACAUGGAGGAUGUGCUGGCUGUGAAGAGCUUCCGGAUGCAGAACACCCUCUACCUUUCCCUCACCCGUUUCAUCGGGGACUCUCGGGUCAUGAGAUGGAACAGUAAGCAGUUUGUGGAGGUCCAAGCUCUCCCGUCCCGGGGGGCCAUGACCUUGCAGCCCUUCUCCUUCAAAGAUAACCACUACCUGGCCCUGGGGAGUGACUACACCUUCUCACAGAUCUACCAGUGGGAUAAAGAGAAACAGCAGUUUAAAAAGUUUAAAGAAAUCUAUGUGCAGGCUCCCCGGUCUUUCACAGCUGUCUCCACCGACAGGAGAGAUUUCUUUUUUGCAUCCAGUUUCAAAGGGAAGACAAAGAUUUUUGAACAUAUCAUUGUUGAUUUAAGUUUGUGAAAGGUGUGAUUGGGGGGGGGGUGUUUCAAAGAUGUGUGUAGUGUUAGCUCUCACAAGAGAGAGAGGGACCAAGAAGAAAUAAAAUAAAAUAAGCCAGGCCCGGAGCUCUGAAAUUAAGAUUCAUAAUGCACUGGGGAAAUAGUUAGACAUUUUCAAACUUUUAGGAUUCACAUUUUAACCAGGGAUUGCAUUUAUUUUGGCUGAUUGCAUGACAGGCCCAUACUGCUGUUUAAAUAUGACAUCUUAAAGCCUGUAAUUUCUGAGACAAGAGUACAGCAUCUUACCAACUAGCAAGCAACAUGCUGCUACUUUAUUUUCAAUAAGAAAGGAGAACACAGAGCAAGAUGGGCCAGCCCUUUUAGUGAAAAUUAACAACAACAACAACAACAGUAAAGCCCCCCACCCCACUAAAUCCACAGGCCCUUCUCGGCCCCUCUUAGCAGUCUCUCAGCUAAGAACUGUUAAAGCCCAAGUGAGCUGAAGAGAUUUGCUGAGCGUUCGUUUGAACAUCUCAGAAUACUCUGCAGCGCUAUUUUGAGCCACCCCAGUCUCCUGAAAGGCAUGGCCAGUCUUCCAGAACCUUCCUUGGAGCAGAACCUUGGCUCUGCCCUCACUUGGAUUGAUCCUUCUCAUGAGUGUCUUCACAGCUUAAUGUUGGACAUUGCUUCCUCUGCCACAGAGAAAAUAUUCUGGUGACACAUGUCUAGGCCAGCAUGGGCUGUGGGCCCAGCAGCAAGAUAAAGAGGUUUCCCCUUUUUUUUUUUUUUUUUUUUUUUUUUGUGGGU